UUUUGGAUGGAGGAAAAGAAUCAGAAUAGCUCUUUUGCAUAUCCUAUAUUUUUGACUUGCUGUGUACACGGCAAAGUUCAUUUGCCACGUUUGGUUGAAUCCUCUCCUUAUUUGUUGAAUUUGUAUACUUCAUCGAACUCUGAUGCAAUCUCUUUUUGGAAAAACAUUAGACGUUAUAAUAAUGUUUUGGCAUGUACAUCAUUUAGUGCUAAUAUAAAUAUGAUCCCAGGACAAGGCAUUUCUAACUUUCAUAUUCAUAGCCAAAUUUAUCAUCGUAUCAGUUCGUUACUAUCAGAAGAAGGUUCUCAGCUGGCAUUUGCGCAAUUAUAUAUCUAUGACUCUGUACAUAAGAAUGCACAUCAUCAUAAUGUUAUGGCAGACUUAGACAAUACUAUUCUACAAAAUCUGCUGACC